GUUAGUCAGAGUGUUGGCAGAGCUGCAGGAGAGGAGACGUCUCUCUGUUUCUCUCUGAAGACUAAUUCAACUGAAGACAAACACUGGUUGUAGAGAUGUCUGCUGCCAGCUGUCUGCUGACUGAAGAUCAGUUCCUGUGCUCCAUCUGUCUGGAUGUCUUCACUGAUCCUGUCACCUUACCAUGUGGACACAACUUCUGUCAAAACUGCAUCACUGAACACUGGGAUAGUAAUGUCUCCUGUCAGUGUCCCAACUGUAAAGAGAUGUUCUCCACCAGACCACAGCUGAAGAUCAACACCUUCAUCAAGGAGAUGUCUGCUCAGUUCAGACAGUCAGCUCAGCAGAAAUCCAGCAGCAGCAGCUCAGAGAGACAAGUUUCCAAACCAGGAGAAGUUCCCUGUGACGUCUGCACUGGAACCAAAGUGAAGGCCCUGAAGUCCUGCCUGGUGUGUCUGACUUCUUACUGUGAGACUCACCUGGAGCCUCAUCUGACCAAGUCAGGUCUGCAGAAACAUCCCCUGAUAGACCCUGUGGAGAACCUGGAAGACAGGAUGUGUGAGAAGCACGACAAACUGCUGGAGCUGUUCUGUAAGAACGACCAGAGGUGUAUCUGCGUGCUGUGCUCAGUUACAGACCACAAGACUCAUGAUGUUGUUCCUCUGAGAGAAGAAUUUGAAGGAAAGAAGAACGACAUCAGGCAGAUGAUCCAAACAAGACGAGUGAAGAUUGAAGAGCUCAAACACUCAGUGGAGCUCAGUGAUGAGAACGCAGACAGAGAGAUAGCAGAAGGUGUUGGAGUCUUCAGCGCUCUGAAAGAAUCUGUAGAGAGACGCCAGGCUGAGCUCAUCAACAGCAUCAAAGAGAAGCAGAGAGAGACGGAGAAACAGGCUGAAGGCUUCAUCAGAGAGCUGGAACAGGAAAUCUCUGAGCUGGAGAAGAGACGUGCUGAGGUGGAGCAGCUCUCACGCUCUGAAGACCACCUCCAACUCCUCCAGAACUCCACGUCUCUGAACGCUGCUCCACCCACCAAGGACUGGACUGAAGUCAGAGUCCAUCCACCUUCAUAUGAGGGGACUGUGGUGAGAGCUGUGAAGCAGCUGGAGGAGACCAUCAGUGAACAGAUAAAGAAGCUGAUUGAGACCAAGCUGAAGAGAGUCCAGCAGUAUGAGGUGGAUGUGACACUAGAUCCUGAUACAGCGAAUCCCUGGCUGAUCCUGUCUGAUGAUGGGAAACAAGUUUAUGAUAGUGAUGUGAAGAAAGAUCUCCCAGAAAAUCCAGAGAGAUUUGAGGAGUGUGUAAACGUCUUAUCAAAGCAGAAUUUCUUUUCAGGCAGAUUUUACUACGAGGUUCAGGUUAAAGAGAAGACUGACUGGGUUUUAGGAGUGGCAAGAGAGUCGAUCAAAAGGAAGGGAAAAAUCAGACUGACACCUCAGAACGGUUUCUGGACGAUACGUUUGAGGAAUGAAAAUGAGUACAAAGCUUGUGCUAGCCCAACAGUCCGUCUCUCUCUACAGUCUGGUCCUGAGAAGGUGGGGGUGUUUGUGGAUUAUGAGGAGGGUCUGGUCUCCUUUUAUGACGUAGAUGAUGAAAUUCUGAUCUACUCCUUUACUGGCUGCUCCUUCACUGAGAAAAUCUACCCAUUCUUUGGUACUGGUUUAAAUGAUGAUGGUAAAAACUCUGCUCCUCUGAUCAUCUCUCCUGUUGGUCACACUGAGUAGAAAUUAAAAUUGAUUUUCUGAACAAUGAUUUAGAGUCACUCCAUAUCCAAAUGUACAUUUUUAAGCAUGAAAAACAAUACAAUUUUGGGUCUUUAUAAUCAAGUCAAUAAAAGUUUUUUCUACAUUACAUUAAAUAAAUUUUUAACAAUACAUGAUGCCUCUGAACCAAGUCUACCCAGUUUUCCUGCAUUCAUCAAUAUAAUCCAUUCUGAUAACUGUUUUAGUGCCUUUCUGUCUGUUAAAUCCUCCAAAAACCAUGUACUCAGAAACAAACAGCAUGAACACAUAUCUGAAAUGUCUGUCUGCUGAAUGUCAAACAUUUUGAUUCUUUGAUGGAUGUAAAUAUGUCAAGUGUUUCAUACUGGCACCAAUAACUGAAGAUCAGUCUGUAAAUGAGACAACCUGACUGCUAUGUUUGACAUUUGAAAUAAAGGAGAUAAUCAAC